AUGAACUCCAUCGCAGACUUGCUCAAGCAGCUCCAAUUGGACUCUCUCGAUAUACCAGCGCAAUGCGCCGAUGCAGUCCCCAAACAAGACACACCCGAGGAGUGGCUUCGUUUCUACUGUCAAUGGGAGCGCGACCGCAAUCACGAUGACUUCGUCCGCAAAGCGGCGUCGGUCUUCAUCAGCGUCACUCGGACAAUGCCACAACUCCUAUAUACCCCCUCCGCUCUCGCAAUGGGUGCUUGGAUGCUCAGCCGAUUCCUCUGUGCGGAGGGCCGCACACGGUUAGCUGAAGACCAGCAUGCAUUCGAGGUCAUGACGGUGCUAGACCGUCACCUCCGCAAUAAUCACGAAGACUUAUACCACGAUCCACCGGAAAUUGAGGAGGAACUCCGUCCCGUGUUGGAUGAUAUAUGCUUGCUCUAUGACGCCAGCCGGGACUAUGUGCCCCCCAUUCCUCUCACUCUGAAGAUGUAUAACGAGGACGUUCCACUGGCAGAAGAGUUGAAUAAGUAUAAGUCUGAUGCUCGUCGUCCUGGAAUUACCCUCCGCUCUUUCCCGAAUUUCCUCGAUUUCGCAGUCGGCAUCGAACACAACCCAGAUUGCUUCCAUCACUUGUAUCAUACUGCUGGUACUAAUGUGUUUAUAUUCUCUGAGUACGCAUGA